AUGCCGUUAACUGCCCGGCAAAGAAGUAUAUACAAUAAAAAUGGUGCAAAAAGAGCUGCCAGUUUCAAAGGGAAAAGAAAAGGGAGUGAGGGAGAUUUUCUUGUGACAAAUGCUCCAUCUGAUCUAAGGAGUAUAGCUUACCCUGGUGGUGCAGUUGCACUAGGCCUUCUGCUGACUGCACGUCUGCUAUCAGCUUAUUAUGGACAUAUAUCUGAUUGCGAUGAGACUUAUAACUAUUGGGAACCAUUGCAUUAUUUAGUAUAUGGCAAUGGUCUUCAAACAUGGGAGUACAGUCCAGCAUACGCGAUACGCUCGUACGCGCCUUUGUGGUUGUUCGCAGUUCCCGCAAAAAUUCUAUCAAGCGUGAUGAGUCCUGUGUCUGUGUUCUACACACUGAGGACUGUUUUAGCUGUCCUCACAGCUUGCGCUGAACUAAUGUUCUACAAGGCUGUGUGCCACGAGUUCGGCGUGCACGUGGGCCGCGUGUGGCUGUGCCUGUGGGUGUGCGCGGCGGGCGCGUGGGCGGCGGGCGCGGCGCUGCUGCCGGCGGCGUGGAGCGCAGCGCUGGCGGCCGCCGCGCUCGCCUGCUGGUGGCGCCGCCGCGGCCCGCCCGCCGUCGCGCUCACCGCCGCCACCACGCUGCUCAGCUGGCCGUUCACAGCUCUCCUAGGAUUACCCAUAGCUAUAGACAUGCUGCUCCUCAAGAGACAGUUCGUAGAGUUCUUCAAAUGGUCUGUGAUCUCGUUAAUUUUGAUCCUGGUGCCAACAGUGGCGUUAGACUCUUGGCAUUAUGGACGACUUGUGGUAGCACCGUGGAAUAUUGUGGCGUAUAACAUAUUCACCGAGCAUGGACCAGACUUGUAUGGUGUGGAACCGUGGACUUAUUACUUUGUCAACGGAUUCUUAAACUUCAAUAUUGUUUGGGUCCUCGCUCUCUCCAGUCCGAUACUGUUAUUGGCUUGCACGGCGAUAACGUCUCGUUCUACCGCUCGCGCAUCGUUCUGCGCCCCGUACUGGUUAGAUCUGAUGCCGCUAGCUCUAUGGCUGGCCGUGUUCAUGGUACAACCGCACAAGGAGGAGAGAUUCCUCUAUCCAGUGUACAGCCUAAUAACAUUAGCGGGUGCGAUAUCGCUGGAUUGUCUGCAGAAAAUGACAUUCGCUGUUGGAACAGAGUUGUUCCGAUGGCGGAAGGAGCGAGAGAGACGGCACUAUCUGGCUUAUACUGGACCACUGAUGAUCAUGUGCGUUAUUCUAGCGGGGAUAGCGGGUAUAUCACGCAUCACUGCUUUGUAUAACAACUACAAUGGUCCGAUGAGAUUGCUUCGCUCCCUGCCGCCGGUGUCAGAUCCUCAGGACCCUCAGAUUGUAUGUUUCGGCAAAGAUUGGUACAGAUCACCUUCCAGUUUCCAUUUGCCCGAGGGUUAUCAGAUCAGGUUCAUACCGAGCGAGUUUCAAGGUCAAUUGCCAGCUCCUUACGCGAAGACACCGAACGCUACUCGCAUCGUACCAAAACACUUCAACGAUUUAAACAAAGGUGACAACCGUACGUACUAUCGACCGUCGCAGUGUCACUACUUGGUGGACUCUGAUAUCGGUGAACCGACGCGUGCGCAACCCGCGUACCACAAGGAUCCAAACUGGGACCCCAUCUCUUCUGUUCCCAUAUUAGACGCGCAGAGAUCUCACAAAAUCUUACGCGCUUUCUACAUACCUGUGUUGUCGAGUAAAAAUUGUGUCUUCGCUAAUUUAUAUUUGUUAAAGAACAAACUUUUGAGUGAUUAG